AACAUUUGAGCAGGAACCCGCAGUGGCACUGACUAGCUUGGUCCGAGUGAAAGGGCGAAUUGCUUUCAAUUGCAGUGAAUGAGCUGAAGCUGAUGAAAGGAGGAAGAGGCAUGUCGAUGUUGAAUCUGUUUCCGUUUCUUCUCACAUUUACCAUUCUAUCCUCCCCUGCACUCUCCCUCUCCGAUCUCAUCCUCACCAAGGUUGACCGUCGUAUUGAUCUAACAUCACAAAUCGCGCGCAUCUCUACUUCAUUGAAGGUGGAGAAUGCAGGAUCUGAUCUGGUAUCAGAAAUCUUGUUGUCCUUUCCUGAAAAUCAAGCAAAUCACUUGGCGCAUUUGACUGCUAAACUUAGUGAAGGGAAGGGAAAAGGGAAAACAUCUGGUGUUGGUUUACCUGUUGAAGUUGUGCAUCCUGAGGGUGUGCCUUCUUCAUUGACAAUUUAUUCUGUAACUUUGCCUAAGGGCAUUGGGAAAGGCGAUAGUUUGACGUUGGAUGUAUUGGCGGUUUUUACGCACACGUUGGAACCGUUUCCGGAAAAAAUUACUCAAGCUGAUAUCCAGCUUCUAUUGUUUCAAGAGAGUGCACACUAUCUUUCUCCUUAUGCAGUCAAGUUCCAAUCACUCACUGUUAAGUUGCCUGAUGCGAGAAUUGAGUCGUAUACGAAACUGGAUAGCGCGAAGCUUCAGGGAUCUGAAUUGAAAUAUGGUCCUUAUGAGAAUCUUCCUCCGUUCUCGUACUUGCCGAUAGUCGUUCACUUUGAGAAUAAUCGACCAUUUGCUGUCGCAAAAGAGUUAGUGCGGGAGAUUGAGAUUUCACACUGGGGCAAUGUGCAGGUCACUGAGCAUUACAAUCUCGUUCACGGUGGUGCUCAGAUCAAAGGAGAAUUUUCCAGACUUGAUUAUCAGUCCAGGCCACAUGUGAGAGGUGCAUCUUCCUUUAGGCGUCUUCUCGCCAAGCUUCCACCUAGAGCUCAUUCAGUGUACUACAGGGAUGAAAUUGGCAACAUUUCCACUUCUAGCUUAUGGGGUGACUCAAAAAAGACGGAACUGGAGAUCGAACCUAGGUACCCAUUGUUUGGUGGCUGGAAUAGUGCCUUUACCAUUGGAUAUGGCUUACCACUUAAGGACUUCUUAUUUGGAUUGGAUGGAAAGCGCUUCCUUAAUAUUACUUUCAGUACCCCUAUCAAUGAUUUGGUGAUUGACACUCUCUUUGUAAAGGUUGUUUUGCCAGAGGGUUCUAAAGAUAUCUCAGUAUCUGUUCCAUAUCCUGUGAAGCAAAGCCAGGAGACAAAGUUUUCCCACUUGGAUAUUGCUGGUAGACCUGUCGUUGUGCUCGAGAAGAACAAUGUUGUGCCUGAGCAUAAUGUGCAUUUUCAGGUCUAUUACAAGUUUAACAGUCUUUCUAUGCUCAGGGAGCCUUUGAUGUUGAUUUCUGGUUUUUUCUUUCUGUUUGUUGCCUGCAUUGCCUACGUACAUGCAGAUUUCUCAAUCUCCAAGUCUUCUGCAUCUUAUUUGGCAAAGCUCCAGUGGGAAGAGGUACAAGCAACUGUUCGGCAGAUUCAUAAUAUCAUUAGCCGUUGCUUAAUCACACAUGACAAGCUGGAAGCUUCUUUGCGUGAUCUUUCUAGGACAGGUGAUGUUCAAGCCUGCAAAGCAACUCGGAAAUCUGUUGAUAGCUCAUUGAAAGAGCUCUCCAAAGAGUUGAAGUCACUGGUGGCAUUCUUGCAGUCUUCUCCACAAGCCACUCCAGUAUUAUCCAAGGUGGAGGAAAUUAUUACGAAGGAGAGAGAUUUGCAGGAAAAACUUAUGGCAAAACACUCUACAGUUGUGGACUGUUAUGAGAAGAAGUUGGGAGGAAGGGAAAUUGAGAAUCGGAUUGCUUCACAUCAGCAGAAAAUCACAGCUUUGAGGCAGGAAAUUGAUGAUCUUAUGGACGUGAUUGAUGAGAUAUGAUAGGUGAUAUGCUCGACAUGAUAAUGUACUCUGGUUUUGACCUUGUUUUACUUUAUUUAGAUCAGAAUUUUGUUAGAUGAUUGCAAAGGGAUUAGUGAUACUUCUGUGGAUCAGAAUUUUGUUGCGGUCUAUUAUUAUCUACAAGUAAUAAUAUUAUGAUA